GAGCUCCGCAGUCAGUUAUUGUAUAAUUCUUUUCGAGCACAUAUAAUAUAAUUUGUAAUUUUAAAAUAACAAAGUUAUUAACGUUCUUAUAAGUAUAAAAUUAAAAUUUUAUUAAUUUAAGAAAAUGGACCAAAGCCAAAUGAUGAGUAGGACGAGUGUAUAUGUUUUGGAGAAUAACACUCCUGAAGACGUCGCUCAAGCCAUGAUAGAAGGAGGGCGGCAAAAGGAGCCUUUCUAUACAUUCAACUUGGACGCGGCGUACCGACAUGUGGAGCAUUUCAAAAACAUGAUGCCGAGAGUGCAGAUGUUUUACGCUAUGAAAGCGAAUGACAGCGACAAAAUGAUAAAACUGGCCGCAGCUCUAGGCCUGGGCUUCGACUGCGCCUCGCCGGGAGAGAUCAGUAAGAUACUGCAGCUGGGCGUUUCACCAAGGAGUAUAAUAUUCGCAGUGCCAACAAAAACUGCAGAGUGGAUGACGUACGCCCGAGAGUGUGGCGUUCGACACACAACGUUUGAUUCUUCAUACGAACUGAAGAAAAUCAAGCAAUAUUGGCCUGAUGUUGGAUUGUUAAUCCGUAUCAAAGUUGACAGCGACAGCAUAUAUAAACUUGGGGAGAAAUUCGGUUGCGACUUCGAAACGGAAGCUACAAAUUUAUUGGAAGAAGCGGCUUCACUCGGCUUGAAGGUGGUGGGUGUAGCAUUUCACGUAGGCAGCAGUUGCUCCUCAGCUAUCAGUCAUGUCGAAGGGUUGCAAAUAGCGAGGGUGUUGUUUGACUUCGAAGCGCGCGCGGGCAGAGGCAUGAGCAUCGUCGACAUCGGAGGAGGAUUCCUGAGCGAUAGGAUUGAUAGAAUUGAUCAGGUAUCUGAACUAAUAAAUAAUGCCCUGGAAGAACUGUUCCCCGAUGAUAAUGUCCAAAUAAUAGCAGAGCCAGGCAGGUAUCUGUGUGACACCACUAGCGAUUUAUACUGCAGCGUCAACAAUAUUCGACGGGCAAUGCGCGGUGGUGAAAAUGUUAAUAUGGUUUACUUGAACGAUGGGCUAUACGGAACUCUAAGAUAUUGUGAUUCCUGGCAAACAGUGAAAAUAUUUGGGAGACCAGGAGAUACAACAAAUGAGACUCUCGAGAAAACAAUCUUGUGGGGUCCCAGCUGUGACUCCACGGAUCGCGUCUUAAAGGAUGUGGAUAUUAUGUUGCCUCGAUGCACUCCUCUUGAUUGGCUGGUGUUUCCUAUUCAAGGAGCGUAUUCAUUUGGUUUCGCCUGCCAGUUCUCAUGCCUGCAAAGACCGCAGAUGCGAUGCGUUGUAUCACAACAGUUGUGGGCUAAAUUAAAAGACAGCAAAGUAUUCGCUCAAGACGAUUUUGAAACAAACCCGGACAUUUCUGCACCACUACCUUCUUCUUUACCUCCGAUAAUUAAGAAGCCAAGUUUUCUAAAGUCCAAUAUUUUAAAAUUUUAAGUGAUAAUAAACUAAUUUAAGGUGUUGUGUAUAUACUAAUUUCAUGUGUAAGUGUUUAGUAAAUAAUAAUUAACUAGUUGACGCCGCGCGGUUUCAUCAGCGUGGUUCCCUUUCCCGUAGGAAUAUGGGGAUAAUAUAUAUAUAGGCCUAUAGCCUUCCUCGGUAAAUCGGCUAAUCGUGAGCAAUACAAGAUUUUAGAUGUCAGCGGUAUAGUUAGGGGGCGGCGGCAGAGUAUCACCCCGCGCACGAAAUUUUCCGAAAGCUCAUAAAAAUUGUAUCCUAGUAUACUAUUAUUGGAUCACUUAGUAUGAUAUUAUACUAAAAUACAAAUAAACUCUGACUUUUACAAAUUACUAAAGUAAUUUUAUACACGCCGAAAACUAACUUGACCCAAGUUAUUUAAACUUUACUUGAGUUAAAGCUUACAUUACACUCUCAAAGGAAUUUCUUAGCAAAUUCUGUUUCUUGAAUUCAGCAUUACCCGUUAACUUUUUACAACUUUUAUAAAUAAAAUAUCGUCCGUCUUCAUUUCAUAAAAGAAACGAAAAAAGUUUUAGUAGAUUCACGACUUAGAUUAUUUGUAAUAGAUUUUCUUUUCUUUUAUAAAUUGUACAGGGUUAAAACACCUUUCCUUUUUAUCAUUCACUUUUAUUGCAUCGUCUAUUUAUUUUAAUUAGUGAAAGUGCUACAUGGAAGUUAAGUGCUACAUGGAAGAUCACUUGAACAAAGUGACCUAAAGACGUAAUAGUUAGUGAAAGACUAAGAUUAAGUUACAUUAUCUUAGCAUAAUAAUAAUAUAUUAUAAGUUUAGGUUAAAGCUAAAUUACUAAUUAGUCACAUAAGAAGCUAGAUCGUAAUUUUAUGAAGUACCAAAUUGGUACUUUACAAUGUAAAAAAAAAUGUUUUAAUUGUUUUUUAAGUGUAAUAAAACUGUUUUUUUUUACAUUUACUUUUAUUUCAUAGUUUAUUUAAUUUAUCUUCUAUUAAAUAAAAUUCCCGUGUCACGGUGUUUGUUACCAAACUCCUCUGAACUGCUGGACCGAUUUUUAUGAAAUUCGUAUGCAUAUCGGGUAGGUCUGAGAAUCAGCAAACAUAUGUUUUUAUACCCCUAAAUGAUAAAGAUGGUCUUACCCCAAAAUUUAUAAAGAAAAACAACGUUUGAAACAAAAAUGAAAAUAGUCUAGCGGCCUCUGUGGCGCAGUGGUGUGCGCGGAGGAUUUUCAAAACGGAGGUCCUGGGUUGAUGCCCAGAUUGUAAUUUUCUUAAUUGGUUCUCGGCCGUGGCUAGUUACCACCCUACCGACAAAGACGUACCGCCAAGCGAUUUAGCAUUUCGGUACGAUGUUGUGUAGAAACCGAAAAGGGGUGUGGAUUUUCAUCCUCAUCCUAACAAGUUAGCCCACUUCUAUCUUAGACUGCAUCACCACUUACCAUCAGAUGAGAUUGUAGUUACGGGCUAACUUGUAAUGAAAAAAGAAA